AUGGCAGUUCCAAAAAAAAGUACUUCUAUAUCAAAAAAACGUAUUCGUAAAAACAUUUGGAAAAAGAAGGUAUAUCGGGCAGCGUUGAAAGCUUUUUCCUUAGCGAAGUCUCUUUCUACCGGGAAUUCAAAAAGUUUUUUUGUACGACAAUUAAAUAGUCAAACACUAGAUUAA